CGGUUAUUUGCACAUGUAGCUAGAUGCGAUACAGGCCUAACGUUUCAAGGACGCGGUAGUUAAACCUAACCUCACAUCAAACUCUUGAACUUCCGUCAUUUGUUUUUCAGGGUCAGCAAAAGUUACAAUAAUUCAUUGCACACUCAUUUUUAGAAAUGUAUCGUAAUAGUGCCAUAUUGCCGAAAUGAAUGAGGUCGCAAGUGACUUCAAAACUCCGAUUCGAAACAAAUGAAGUCUAUACCCCGGGUCAUACUAUGUGCAACAGGACUAGUAUCUGUCUCUAUUUUAUUCCUGAUAACUAUGCCAGUUGAAAGAGAAGCUAACGUAGUGGGUUGGUCAUACAACACCACUCGUAACACGACCAAUUACAUCCCAGUAUCGGGCAAUUGGACUGCAUCAUUAGCUCCUGAACGUGGCGUUUGUGAUCGGCCGAGUCUUCUUGUGAUGAUGGUAUGUUCGGCGCCUGCAAACAUUGAGGCGCGUCAGGCGAUCAGAGACACCUGGGGAUCUGACAAGAAGAUACAGGGACAUAACUUGUCGGCGUAUUUUCUUGUAGGGGAGACUAACAAUAUUUCUAUGCAGGUAUUUAAUGUGGAAGCAUCCUAUCUGAGGAGUCAUCAGAGAUGUCAGGUUUGAUUGCAGUGUUUCAACAGUGUUCAUAUUGAAAAUGGAAUGAAUUGAAUUGACAAUAUCGCAUCAGCAAAGAAUGAAUGCCAGAAGUAAAUAUUUGCUGUUUAUUGUAUUUACUUGCACCAAUACGAAUUUAUGUUAAAUCUUUUUCAGAAAUAAAUA